AUGAAACGUAAGAAUCAACUUGAUAUCGCCAACACGCUUAUGUCACCGCCAGAGCCACUUCCUCUUGAUAACUUUACACAUUCGAGCCAGGGAUUCACAAUGGAUUCAAAGAUGCGAAAACUUCACCCAAUCGUCGGUGCGACGUUUCCCAUAUCGCCACCUGUGUCUCCAGAGACCAAAGCCAGGUCACCAGAAGAGCCCACUGGUUCACAAGCAAUCACCGAUCCAAUUCUAUAUCCACUUUCCGACAAUCAAGGCACAUCUGCCAGUCAGUCAUCCCUCUUCGAAGACAAUGAUGACCCCCUCGUUACACACCGAUUAGUUGAUGAGCAUGUUGCAGCAAGGAAAGCUAGCAUGUUUCGAGAAGCCUCCCCUCCACGCCGCGAUGAGUAUGAGCUCGCUCUCGAAUUUAAAUCACAAGUGGUAAAGAUCAUGUCAAAGGAUCCAGCACUUUGGCUGCGAAGGGAGAUGGUUUAUCUUAGGGAAGAUCGGGAAUUACAAUCUGGUGCAAGGCGGUGGACAAACAUUGCUCCUGCGGUUAGCAGAGGCAAUAGGGUUUUAGGCAACACUGCUACAAGAGUUACAAAGACAGUACGCCCUCCUCGACCUGCUCAGAUGCCUCGCGGAGUCCGCACAGUAUCCUCAGCAACACCUGGCCCUGAUAUCAAGAGAGUUGCUCGAGAAGACAAGGAUUUUGAGAACCUUCCAGACUACUGCCCACCAAUCACUAGUCUUCCUAACAAACCCAAUUCAUUGAAAGUUGAUUGGAAGGGAGCUCCAAUUGAUCUCCGAAAUGACCCAAAUGUUCAUCUUCUUCAUCCAGAUGAAAUUUCUCUUGCAGCCAAUCUUCGUCUUGAUUGUGCAACUUAUCUUACAUCCAAACGUCGAAUCUUCAUGAAAAGAAUUGAAGCAAUGAGAGUCGGGAAGGAAUUCAGAAAGACUGAUGCCCAACAGGCAUGUAAGAUUGAUGUCAACAAGGCUAGUAAACUCUGGCAAGCAUUUGACAAAGUUGGUUGGCUCAAUCCAUCCUGGGUCAAGAAGUAUGCUUAG